AUGGCUGGAGGAGGAAGCGGUAACGUUGCCGCAGAAGGUCCGAGAGAGCUCGAUCAGACCCCGACUUGGGCCGUAUCCACUGUUUGUGGCGUUAUCAUCUUGAUCUCUAUCGUCUUAGAGAUCAUGAUUCACAAAAUCGGAGAGUUGUUCGAGAAGAAAAGAAAGAAAGCUUUGUACGAAGCUCUUCAAAAGAUCAAGAACGAGUUAAUGGUUUUGGGAUUCAUUUCUCUGUUACUAACAUUUGGGCAAAACUACAUUGCAAGCAUAUGUGUUCCGUCUAGAUACGGUCACGCAAUGUCCUUUUGUGGUCCGUACGAUGGUCCUAGUGGUCAUGCUAAAAAGCCGAAAACCACCGAUCACAUUGAAAGGCAUCUUCUCGACUUUCAACGCCGUGUUUUGGCUGAUGCUGCACCAGCAAAGUGCAAAAAGGGAUAUGUGCCGCUUAUAUCACUCAACGCGUUGCAUCAAGUUCAUAUCUUCAUUUUCUUCUUGGCUGUGUUUCAUGUUAUUUAUAGUGCCAUAACCAUGAUGCUUGGAAGAGCAAAGAUUCGUGGAUGGAAAGUUUGGGAAGAAGAGGUCAUAAGUGACCACGAAUUGAUGAAUGACCCUUCAAGAUUUAGGCUCACUCACGAGACAUCAUUUGUUCGAGAGCAUGUCAAUCCUUGGGCGAAAAACAGAUUCUCCUUCUACAUUAUGUGUUUCUUUCGUCAGAUGCUGAGAUCUGUCAGAAAAUCUGACUACUUGACGAUGCGCCAUGGGUUUAUUAGUGUCCAUUUGGCACCCGGAAUGAAGUUUAAUUUCCAAAAAUACAUCAAAAGGUCAUUAGAAGACGACUUCAAGGUAGUCGUGGGAAUCAGACCCGAGCUAUGGGCCUUUGUGAUGCUCUUUUUACUAUUUGAUGUUCACGGGUGGUAUGUUACUGCUGUGAUCACCAUGAUUCCUCCACUUUUGACAUUAGCCAUAGGAACCAAGCUUCAGGCCAUUAUAUCAGACAUGGCGUUGGAGAUUCAGGAGAGACACGCGGUGAUACAAGGGAUGCCACUAGUCAAUGUCUCUGACCGACAUUUCUGGUUAAGUCGUCCGGCUUUAGUCCUCCAUAUCAUCCACUUCAUUCUCUUCCAGAAUGCCUUUGAGAUCACCUACUUCUUCUGGAUAUGGUACGAGUUCGGGUUACGGUCCUGUUUUCAUCACCAUUUCGCCCUUAUAAUCAUACGAGUUGCUCUCGGGGUGGGAGUACAAUUUCUCUGUAGUUACAUCACACUUCCUCUCUACGCUCUCGUGACUCAGAUGGGAUCAACGAUGAAGCGAUCAGUGUUUGAUGAGCAAACGUCGAAAGCAUUAAGGCAAUGGCAUAAGAAUGCGAAGAAAAAGAGUGAGAAUUCAGGUCAGCAGUCUCCACUCCCUAAUCUCCGACCUAAAACAGGCGGUGGCGAUAUUGAGUCAGCUCCGGCCAACAUCACGGCCAGUGUUGAUGUUAAGGAAGAACAACCUCGUUGA